AUGUCAAUGAAGUCUUAACUUAAUAAAGGGAAAGCAGAACUGACUAGGUCUAACUAUCUUAAAAAAUUACAAAAUCUUUAAAUUUCAAUCACUACACUUCCAAAUAGUGCAAUAUAGGUUAAAACACCAAAUGUUUCAAUUAUCAAUAAUUCUUUCAAAAUAUUAUCAUAAUAAACUACUCCUAAAACUAUUUAAGAAAAUAAUUUCUUUAGUAGUCGAGAUUUUGAUGUUAAUGAAUUAAAAAAAUAACAUUUACGUACACAAUCUCAAAUUGAAGGUUUGCUUUUGAGAACCUAAUUAGUUGAAACAGCUCGAUAAAGAACAGCCUCAACUUUUAUAAAGAAGCCUAAAGCUGAUGUUAAGCCUGCUAAGGUAUAUAGAAUAAUCUAGUAAAUGAAUUAAGAAGAUGAAUUAAGAAAAUAAGAAAAACUAAAAAAAAUAUAGUUAAUGCAAUAAGUAGAAAUGGAGAAAAAAGAAAAAGAAAAGUAAAAUCAAUAAAAAGAGUCCACUCCUAAAAUUAAUUCUCUUACAUCAAUUUUAUCUAAAAAAUCCAAUGCUGCAAAAUAUAAAUUAUUAAAAGUUAGUCUAAAUGUUAUAGAAAAAUCAAAAGAAAAAAUUUAAAUGAAUUCUAUAAGGGAUGAUUCUAUUUAAAUUACUUAGAAUGUAAAAAUAAGAGAAAAAUAAACAGACACUAUUUUUAAAAUAUCAACAAUUAUAACAGCCUUAAUGUUUUAACGACUUCAUUCUAAAAUAACAUCUCCUAAAUUGGCAAGAUUAGUAUCAAAACAUUAUUUAAGUUUAAUAAAUUAUAGAAAAAUUGAGGAAAGACUUUUAGCAUUAACUACAAACCCUUCAAUGAAAUAUAUAUAAAAUGUAUUAAAUGAAGAUGAUGUUUUAAGUAAUGCAAUAAAGGUAGUUUAAGUAAGAGAAAUAUAAAGAAGAUUAAAUGAAGGACUUUCAUAAAGAAGAAAGGCUUCAAAAAUUAUUUUCUAAAAAAAAUCUAGUAAAGAAUUAAGAGCAGAGGAUAUUUUUUCAGAGAAAGUUCUAAAAAGAGUUAGAUUUAUUUAGAUGUGUUUUAGAAUGAAAGUUUUUAAAUUUAAUAAAAGAUCUAUAGCUAAUUGUAAACCUAUUGAGAAGAUAAGAAAAUCUACAAAAGUAAGAGCAUUUAAAAGAAGACUUGGUGAUAUUAUAUUUAUGAGUGAAAAUGUUCCAGUAUUUUAACUAUAAUAGGAGAAAAAAGAAUAAGAAGAGAAAGAGAAAGAAAAGAUUUAAAUAGAAGAAAAGAAAGAGAAUCUUGGAGUUUUUGGAAUGCUUUGGAAAGCUUAAAAUAAAUUUAAAAAUUUUUGUAGACAUCCAGGUUUAAAAAUACCAUCAAAAACUUGUGAUGAUUGGGUUAAACACAUUUAAACAUUAUAUUAUCCUAGUUUUAGAUAUAUUUCAGUUUUUUAUAGAAAUAUUGUAGUCUGGUCAGUAUCUUAUUAUGAUGUUACUUAUGAUAAAAGUUGUAUUGCCCUAUUUUUUAAAGGAGAAGGUCGUUAGUAAUAUCAUUUUCGUCUAGAUAUUCCACUUGUCACAAUGCCAGACUUUGAAGUUAAUAAGAAUUGUACAACAGUUUGGCCUACAGUAAAAGAUUAUAUGCUGAUUUAUUUAAGAUAGAAAGGAUAAUUGGCUUUAUUGAAUAAGGAUUAACUUCCAUCGGCUAAAGUUUAUAAGACCUCUUUUAUAUAAGGACUUUCUCUUAAGUCAAGAAGAAAACUCACUGA